GCGCUUUUUAUCCCCUCUCUUUUUUCUAACCGUUAGCUUUAUUCUACAAGUCAUGGACGAAGCUAUAUCAUGGCAACGUUACUGUUUUUACCAAGUUUUGUGCUAUCAUUCCGUAGACCUCCUGUUAAGAUAAUUAAUUUAGCUUGUACAAUAUCCAGACACUAUACCUACACUCAGGUUAUAUGCACUAACUUGUCUAUCUAUAUUUUUUCAGAAGAACAGUAUAUGUAUGACUUAGUUGUACUAGGAGGAGGUUCAGGAGGUUUGGCUGCAGCCAAACAAGCAGCAGAACUUGGAGCACGUGUUGCUGUUUUUGAUUAUGUAACGCCAUCUCCAAAAGGAACAAAAUGGGGUUUAGGUGGAACAUGCGUCAACGUCGGGUGCAUACCUAAAAAAUUAAUGCAUCAAGCAGCUUUAUUAGGAGAAGCUGUACAUGAAGCUGCAGCAUUUGGUUGGGUAAUACCUGAUAUUAAAUCUGUUCAAAUUAAUUGGGAGGCUUUAUCAGUUGCUGUACAAAAUCAUAUUAAGUCUGUAAAUUGGGUUACAAGAGUGGAUCUUAAGAAUAAAAAAGUGGAAUAUAUCAAUGCACUUGGUUAUUUCAAAGAUCCACAUACUAUUGGUGGUAUUAUGAAAAAUGGAGAAGAAAAUGUUGUAACUGCUAAAAAUAUUUUAAUUGCUGUUGGUGGUAGACCGAAAUAUCCAGAUAUUCCUGGUGCAAUUGAAAAUGGUAUCACCAGUGAUGAUAUAUUUAGUUUGAGUCAACCACCAGGUAAAACUCUUAUUGUUGGUGCUGGAUAUAUUGGUUUAGAAUGUGCAGGAUUUUUAAAUGGAUUAGGAUAUAAUACCACUGUAAUGGUACGUUCUAUUAUUCUUAGAGGUUUUGAUCAACAAAUGGCAAAUAUUAUUGCUGAAGAGAUGGAGCAACGUGGAGUUCAUUUUAUUUAUCAAGCUAAGCCAAAAUUAAUAAAAAAAGAAGCAGAUGGUAUUCUUGUACAUUGGGUGGAUAAACUAGGUCAAGUUCAGAAAGAUGUAUAUGAUACAGUAUUGUUUGCCAUUGGUCGCAGAGCACUUACGAAAGAUUUAAAAUUGGAAAAUGCUGGUGUUAUUUGUAUUCCUGAUGAUGAUAAAAUUGAUGCUGUAGAUGAACAAACUAAUGUGCCUCAUAUUUAUGCAGUUGGAGAUAUAUUACAUAAAAAACCUGAGUUAACACCAGUAGCAAUUCACGCUGGAAAAUUAUUAUCUAAACGAUUAUUUGCAAAUAGUUCAGAAACUAUGGAUUAUACAAAUAUUGCAACAACUGUCUUUAGCCCUUUAGAAUAUGGAUGUGUCGGUUUAAGUGAAGAGCAGGCUAAUAUAAUUUAUGGCGAAGAUAACAUUGAAAUUUAUCAUGCUUAUUAUAAACCAACAGAAUUCUUCAUACCUCAAAAAGAUAAUAGUCAUUGUUACUUAAAAGUAGUUACUUUGAGAAAUAAUGAUCAAAAAGUUAUUGGUAUGCACUUUAUUGGGCCUAAUGCAGGAGAGGUUAUUCAAGGAUUUGCCACAGCUAUAAAAUCUAACUUAACAUUCCCUAUUUUGAAAUCGACUGUUGGCAUUCACCCAACAUCUGCUGAAGAAUUGAUUCGUGUAUUUAUCACGAAAAGAUCAAAGAUGGAUCCAAAACCACAAAGUUGCUGCAGUUAGAGAAAAUUCAAACGAUAAAAUUUUUAUUUAUGAUUAAUACUUCUUUAUAAUCACGGCAAUAAAAAUAUUAUAAUGUA